AUGAAUGGGCGAAUUUCUACUCUAAAAAAUGCUACAUAUCGCUCUAAAACUACUCAAAAUGAGUUGAUUAAUAUUUGUAAUGACAUAAUAAUUUCUAAAUUGAAAUGUGAAGUUAAAAAGGCUAAAUUUUUUUCAAUACUAGCAGAUGAAGCAUCUGAUGUGAGCAAUAUGGAACAAAUGCCACUUGUAUUAUGCUUUGUAAAUGAUAAUUGUGAAAUUUGUGAACUAUUUUUUGGUUUUAUUCCUUGCGACUCAGGCUUGUCUGGAGAAGCAAUAGGCAGCCAAAUUUUGAAUAGUAUUAAAGAUUUGGGAUUAGAAAUGAAAUUUUGUGUUGGUCAAGGUUAUGACGGUGCUGGGAACAUGGCUGGGAACUGUUCCGGUGCUGCAGUAAGAAUAAAAGCUAUUUAUCCAAAAGCAUUAUAUGUUUAUUGUGGAUCUCAUGUCCUCAAUCUUUGUGUUGCAAAUGCCUCUCAUCACUCUCGUUUAAUAGAUGUAUGUCGUACAAGAUGGAUUGCCAGAAUUGAUGGUUUAGAUGUGUUUAUAGAGGUACUUCCUGCUAUAAUUAAAUGCUUUGAGCUAAUGAUUAAUAACAAUGAAAAGUCUUGGAAUCAUGACUCAGUGCGUGAUGCAAAUAGUUAUUUCUUUGCUUCUAGAUCUUUUCAGUUUCUUGUUACUUUAGUAGUGGUGUCUCGCUGUUUGGAACGACUAAGAUCAGACAUUGAACACAGUCAUGGUGCUUGGUAUAGUGAGGCAGUUGUAUUGGCAGCUAGUGUUGGUGUUUAUGAGCACAAGCCUCGUACAAUAGGAAAACAGCUUAAUUGA